AUCUCAAAACUUAAACAAACUAAAAUUUGUAUUUACUUAAAGAAUAGAAACUUAGGACAUUAGUAUUAACAAAAGUCAUGGCUAGCUCCAAGAAUUUGGAAGAACAGACGGUUCCCUUUUUGCAACACUCAGAUGAUCUUCAAUCAUCAAAUCAAGUAUUGCAAUAUACUAAUACUACUAAUAAUACUAAUCAUGGAGAUGAUUAUGAUGGCGAACUUAACACCCUUGUCGAAAGAGUACGUUUAGAAUCCAACAAGUUAUGGCACAUCGUUGGUCCGGCUAUCAUCAGUCGAAUUACAGGCUACGGUAUGUUGAUUGCUACACAAGCUUUUGCCGGCCACCUUGGUGAUCUUGAGCUUGCCGCCUUUGCUAUUGGUAUUAAUGUGGUCUGUGGCUUGGAUUAUGGUUUUUUGUUGGGAAUGGCAAGUGCUUUGGAGACGUUAUGUGGGCAGGCGUUUGGAGCAAAAAGACCCUACAUGUUGGGAGUCUACUUACAAAGGUCAUGGGUUGUGUUAUUCCUAUGCUGCAUUCUACUAUUACCCUUAUACAUAUUUGCAACCCCUAUGUUGAAACUAUUAGGCCAACCCGACGAUGUUGCUGAGUUAGCUGGUGUGGUGGCCCGGUGGAUGUUGCCAUUUCACUUCAGUCUCGCCUUUCAGUUUCCUCUACAAAGGUUCCUGCAAUGCCAGCUUAAAACCAGAGUCGUUGCGUGUGUCUCUGUGAUUGCACUGCUGGUGCAUUUAUUUGUGUCCUGGUUGUUUGUGUUGGUGUUCAAGUUCGGAAUUAUUGGUGUAGCCAUCACCCUAAACUGUGGUUGGUGGGUCAUGGUUAUCGGGUUGUUUAGCUACACUGCUUUAGGAGGGUGUCCUCAAACUUGGACUGGGUUUUCAAUGGAGGCCUUUUCUGGUCUCUGGGAGUUUUUCAAGCUCUCCAUCUCUUCUGGAGUCAUGCUUUGCUUAGAGAAUUGGUACUACAAAAUAUUGAUAUUGAUGACUGGAAAUCUGAAGAAUGCAAAGAUCGCCCUGGAUGCAUUAUCCAUAUGUAUGAACAUCAGUUCAUGGGAGAUGAUGAUUCCUUUAGCAUUCUUUGUUGGUGCUGGAGUAAGGGUUGCAAACGAGCUAGGAGCAGGAAAUGGAAAAGGUGCAAAAUUUGCAACCAAAGUAGCAGUGAUAACUUCAGUUGCAAUUGGACUUUUCUUCUGGAUUUUGGUCUUGUUUUUUCACGAAAAUAUUGCUUAUAUUUUCUCGACCAGCCCACCUGUAAUUGAGGAAGUCAAGAAACUCUCUAUCCUCUUGGCCUUUACCAUUCUCCUUAACAGUGUCCAGCCCGUUCUAUCAGGUGUUGCAGUCGGAUCAGGUUGGCAAAGCACAGUGGCUUAUAUAAAUCUCGGAUGCUACUAUUUGCUUGGAGUGCCUCCUGGGAUUUUGUUGGGGUGGAAAUAUAAUCAAGGAGUUAUGGGCAUGUGGGCUGGAAUGAUUUUUGGAGGAACAGCAGUCCAAACAGUGAUAUUAGCGAUCAUCACCAUGCGUUGUGAUUGGGAAAAAGAGGCUCAAAGAGCAAGCAUGAAUGUAAAGAAGUGGGCAGAAAAAAUUUAAUACAGGAAAAAAAAAAUAAAAAUAAAAAUAGAUGAAGAUUAAGAUUGAGCAGAGAAGGAACUGAACUUCAUUGUCAGAAUAGUUAGUCUCUGAAAUCUUUCUUUUUGGUCGAAUUUCUCCCUCAUUCACAUCUAAGCCUUUAUGUGUGUGUUUUCAGUAGCCUACAUGACUGCUUGUUGGUCUCUGUAACUUCCUUGUUAUAUGAUGUUACUUUGACUGCUAUUAGACUUUUAUCUCUCUUGUCUUUUCUAGGAACAAUUGGCAUCAAACCUUGUAUUCUUUCUCUGUGAUUGAAAAUCUCAGGAUUAUUGAUAAUGCCCCCAAAAGGGAGAAGGGGAAAACUUUUUGGUUUGCCCUGGAUUAUGAUUGUACCUAGGUUAAUUCAAUGAAGGGAACACUCAAUAGAGGGC